AUGAGAAUGCUGAGGAAUCGGCUGAACCUGCAGCUCACCAUGGUGGGUGCCGACUUGCAACACAUUGCAGCAGUGCUGGCAGACCCCAACCCAAGCUCAGGCCAGCUGCAGGGCAGGAAAAUGGCCAAAAAGUUCAAGUGGAGGCCCGAGCCAUCUGGCAGCAGAAGGGCGGCGUUUUGCGAGGCGUGCGCAUGCUGGGUGCCGUCAGAGCCAAAUUUGCAGGAUAAGAGGUGGAAGGAACACCUGCGAAGCAAGCGGCAUGCACGGGAGGUAGCCUUGCGGCUGAGGGAGGAGGCGACCCGGCAGUCGACCCAGCACUACAGAAGCAACGUGUUGCCGGCCAUGAAGCAUGCGGCAGAAGAGCUGCGAUGCCUUGGAGUGAGCGGGGCCGAGGGCGCAGGGCCGUCUCUGCGCCAGGCGGCCAGGUCAGCGAACGAGGUGCUGCGCGCCAAUGACCGCACCUCCCAGCAGAUCUCCAAGCUGCAUGCGGACGCCAUGCGGGAGCUGGUGCACCACACUGGCGGCAGUGGGGACUUUCAGCGCAUGGCGACGCGGCUGAGCCGGGAGCGGCUGGCAUGCGCGUGGCCGGUCAUGGCCGCCAAGGAGGCCAACCCGGCAAAUAACACCCUCAUGGUUCUAGGCGCCACCCCUGCCACCCUGGCCUGCCUCGCCGGCCAGCUGCCUGAGAUGCAGGCCACCACGGUCGUCAUAUCAUUGGCAUCCAUGCAUGCGUCUGACCUGGCGCCCACGACGGCCGCGCUGUGCCUGCUGGCCCGCGCUCUGGCGGCCGGCAACAGUUUGCGCCGGCUGCAGGUGAGCCUGCUUGGUGUGCGCGCAUCGGCGGCUGCAUCGGCGGCGCCGGCGGAGCAUGCAGCGGAGCGCGACGCACGGCUUAUCGGCCGAGUCAUCUCCGAGCUCAAUCGCACCGUCGCCAUCAACUGCUCCCUCAGGCUGCUGUCACUGAGAGUGUUGGAGCCGCGGCUGGUCGCGCGCGAAUGGGCCGAGGUGCAGGCUACGGCUGCCCAUGCUGCGCCACGUCUGCGCGGGGCGGUCGCCGCCGCGCUGCACCCCCGGGUGGAUGGUGCCUGCCCACUGAGGUGGCUGCCCUUGCACAUCUUCAAGGAGAUCCUGGACCUGGCACUCCCUAUCACUCCCUGCAAGGUCGUCCUCAGAUAG